AUGUUAAAGCUACUAACGUCCUUUCUUGUGCGUAUUCUAUUGAUGCAUUUGUCACUGAAAGGACGUGAUGAUCUUGUGGGAUACGUUGUUGACCAAACUACGGCACUUGACUGCGCGACGUAUAGCAAUCGAACAACUGUACUCCAUCUGACUGCUAUGUCCAAGAACAAUCGGGUGAUGAAAGAGUUAAUUGCUACUCCAGAACGGAAGCAAAAGUUACAGAAAAUCAUCGACCAGACCAAUAUCCAUGGAGAUACAGCGCUUAUGAUGGCCUGUGUGGCAAAAAGCAUAAUGGCAGUACAGCUACUUCUUGAGAUGGGGGCCAACGUAAACACAACCAAUGCGAGCGGACUAAACGCUCUCAUGUGCGCUGCACGCCUUGGUGGAGAUCCACGCCCUGGUGCACCGAGUAUCGAUGAAAGGAUGGAGCAAAGUGCUCUUAUUGUGAAAACUCUAGUUGCAAAUGGAGCUGAUGUGAAUGCUGUGGAGAAGGCUGGAGGCAAUACGGCACUACACCUUGCCGUAGUGAGUGAAAGUUCUCUUGCAGUGGAGUCUCUUAUUUCAAAUGCACGGGACCUUGAUAUUACAUUGCGGAAUGAAGCUGGAAAGACGGUGCUGGACUUGAGUAAGGAGAUAUCAUCAUCUGCGCAUAUUCAAGACCUAUUGAGCGAAAAGAUGGCGCAAUUAGAGAUUGAAGCUGCUCGCAUGAGAGCCAAAGUGGAACAAGAGUUGAUGGAUUUGGUCGCAAAUGAAGCGAGAGAUGCGUGCAAUUGCACCCAGUCCUUUGUAAAGAAAAGCAGUAAAAAGAAGAAGAAAAAGAAGACCAAGACGAAAGCUCAGGCUGUAGACAACGCACCAAAGGAGGGGUCCACGAGAAUUUCAACACCACACGAGCUGAAUACUGGUGAAAGUAUUGAGAAUACCACCACGAUGAUGAUUACGUCUUCUGGAUACGAUCCUGCAAGUGUUAGAGCCCAAGUUCACUCAACCUCGGCUCCAGUUGAUUCAACUCUACUGGAAACAAUGGAUGUUCAUUGUGGUCCAUGGCAAAGUGUUAUCUCUAAGAAUCGGCGCAAGGAUCAACGGUCAAGUGAAGACACGAAAGCUUUACUAAAUCAAACGAUGAAAACGUCUCCAUCCAAGUAUGUUACUACCAUCACAUCUACAACAAAGCCAUCAUCAUCAUCAUCAUUAGUAUCAGUAUCAUCCAAGUCAGACAAUAUGUCGUCUACUACCGAAACAGUCCCAGCAAGACCAGAUGAAUCUGUUUCAGCCAAAGAGAGUCAUUGUUCAAGCUCCACGCAUUGGUCGGUACUGUUAAGAUCUCCUUCGUACAGUCAUAAAGAGAGUGGAGAUGAGACAAGAGAAGGAUUGAACACAAUGUCCUACGACAGGAUGAAUGCGUGUUUUCAUCAAACGUUUCCGCUUGCUGCGGAAUUAGAAAUUAACGUGGAGACAUUUCUAAUUGCGUCAUCAAGGAGUGAUUGUGAAGUUGAACGAAUGAUGAAUUGUUGUUGUUUGAGUGUAGCUCAAGUGGAAGUUUUACAAGAAUCACAUUGGCAAGCAUAUCAUUAUCUUAAUGAAAAGAAGAUUGAAUUGACACGAGGACUUGAAGCUCAGCGUGUGAAGGCGCAAUUUGAGUUGCAACAAGAGCUUAUGCAAUUUAAUAGUUAA